AUGAACCGAGCUGAGACAUUCUCCUUUGUCAACCCUUUGAUUAGAUAUUUUCUCUUCAUCUUCAGCUUCUUAUUUUGGGUUUUCUCCAUGUUGAUUGUUGCAAUUGGAGUGUAUGCUAAAUUCCAGAAAGCUGUGGACACAGUGCGGGACACGUUCCUGAUCGACCCAGCUGUCAUCCUAAUUGUGGUGGGGGUGGUCAUGUUUUUCAUCACUUUCUGUGGCUGUAUCGGAGCCCUCCGAGAGAACAUUCGCCUCCUCAAGACAUUCUCUUUCAGUCUGACAUUGGUCUUCCUCAUCCUACUGGCCAUAGCAGUUCUGGGCUUCUUCUACUCUGAUCAGACCCGGGGUGCUUUGGGAAAAUUUGUGAAGAAAGCCAUUGUACACUACAGGGACGACCUGGAUCUACAAAACCUGAUGGAUUACAUCCAGAAAGAGAUCAAAUGCUGUGGAUGGAAUAAGUACACAGACUGGUCUUGGAACCUGUACUUUAAUUGUACACAUGAGAAUCCCAGCUUUGAGCGCUGUGCUGUUCCUUACUCCUGUUGCACUCCUGUACCUGGCGAGGCAGUGAUUAACACUAUGUGCGGUUUUGGGGUUCAAACCCAGGACUACCGAGAGGCAAACGCGUUAAUUUACCCAGUAGGCUGCGCAGACAGGGCAGUGACAUGGAUUGAGUCUCAUCUGUUGCUGGUGGGGGGUCUUGCCCUGGGUCUGGCCUUGCUUCAGAUUGCAGGAAUCGUACUGUCCCAGAUCCUGAUCUCUCAGAUCCAAGAUGAGAUUACCUCGGUACUGUGAGAGAGGGCCAAUGAAGGGGAAGAGGAGGGAAGAAAAUCAUUUCCAGUACUUCUCUCAUCACCCUCUGACAUGUGCAAGGACACCUUUUCUAUUUUUUAACAGCUACUAUAUCAGUGCUA